AAUUAGUACGACAGUGCAGUGAACCCCGUCGGUAAAUUCUCGAUUUUCCACGGAUUUCAUUAUAAUCUUGUAGGUGAAGAGAGCGUCGCGGAUGCUAUCUGUGAAGUGCGUCAGUGCUGCAGUGCGCUUGGACUUUGAAGACAUGUCAACGUUAAGUGUUAGGGCACCCGGCCUACAGACGACCACCGUGCUGGACACAAGGUCGCUGCGUGUCCGCGGAGUGACCACGCUCGACAGUGUUAGAAGGAACCUGUUUGGUUCCAUCGAUAAGGAGGAAAAUAGAAGAUUCGUUGAAAGAGAACUGGCGAGACAGUUGGAAAUAGACAAUCAGAAAUGGGAAUACGACUUCGCUAAUGAUAAACCUUUGCCUGGCGCUCAAAGAAUCACAUGGCAGCUGGUUCCCGCGUCUACAAUCCCUGCGGUUCUAAGAAGUGCACCGAUCACAAUAUCCACUGCUGUACCAAGUUCGACUCCUCAAGAGACAAAAGUAGUCUCUAGUCCCGAGAGCAGUAAAACACAGAAGAGAAUAACAGAUUUUAUGAAGACUCGCAAGCGAUUAUCGAAUACGGGCAAGAAGUCACCGUCGCACUCACAUAAACACGAGUGCGGGCAUGGCGCCCACAUCCGUCCCCCGAAGGUGGCGAGGCGCAUUUCAAACGAACCAGCUAGGCGUCUGCUCUGAUCCACAUCCUGAACUGGAUAAAACAUCGAAUAUCUUUUUACCCGGCAGCUACACAGAUCAUGAUAGAACAGUGUAAUGUACUAACUACAUCAUGGAUUCUUUUUUCUUUUCCAGUGGGAGUUGCAAUGUGUACAUUUUUUCUUAAUUUAUUUUGGAUGUUAUAACUUUUGAUUGGAAAGCACGCGUGAAUAUAAUAAUGUUAAGUAAUUUGUAAAAGACUGUCAAAUGUAGUUAGUGGUUUCGUUAUUUUAUAAUUCAGGACAGAGAUUUUUAUAUUACGAUCUAUUAGAAUCCACUAACACAUUUCACAAAUUCUCGAUUAUAAAUAUUAAUUGUCUUGUGAAUGAAAAUAGUUCUGUUCGUUAGGUUAGCCUCUGAACGUAUAUUAACCUGAAGUUUCCAUUUUGCCACAUCACAAUAUGGUAUCGAAACAAGAAAUGGGUCAAUUCAACGGCGCACUUUCCUUUCGGAAGGUGCGAUGUUCAAAUUGUCUCAUGUUUCAUUUGGCAUUAUAGCAAUCUGUUUUCACAAUGCGCUAUUAUGUUCAAACGAAAUAUCUUUUACCAUAAUAUAUUAUAUUCUUUAAAGCGUUGCAAUAAUAUAACAUAAUUACUGAUAUUAAUUUAUAAGUUUAUUAUGAUGAUCUCUUUGAAAAAUAAGUAACUUAAGUUAUUUAGGUUUAGUUUUAGAACGAUAAAUGUUAGAAAGUCCAAAUAUAAACCUCAGUUUAAAUUCUUCUAAGCUUACGCCAAGCGCGUCUAUAAGGUACAUAAGGUUCACAAACUCAUUAUUAUUCUUUUUUGUUAUAUUUCGAUGAACGGUGGAAAUGAAAUUU